AUGUGCGCCGAUCGUUCUUCACGCCGAAAGGAGAUGGACUUUAUGAAGCUGAUGAAGGGGCCGCGGAAGGUGCACCCAUCGGACUCUGUGUCAGAGUUCUGGGUUGAGUUUCGCGGCCCUGAAGGUACACCAUACGAAGACGGGACAUGGCUUAUUCAUGUUCACCUUCCGCCAGAGUACCCAUUCAAGUCACCUUCUAUUGGAUUCAGCAAUCGCAUCUUUCACCCCAACGUGGACGAGGGAAGUGGGUCUGUCUGCCUGGACGUCAUCAACCAGACCUGGACACCCAUGUACGAGCUGCAGAUUAUCUUUGACGUCUUCCUCCCACAGCUGUUGAGAUAUCCCAACCCUGCUGACCCGUUAAACUCUGCUGCUGCUUCAAAGUUGCUACGUGACCCCAUCGCCUACGUUUCGAUAAUUCAAGACCAUGUCGCAAUGUAUGCUACACGUGAAGCUGCCCUGGGAAGCAUUCCCGCAAACUUCCAACUCCAGAAAGAGGGGUUCAUCAGAGUGGAUGAAAAGAACCGUCGUGCCUCCGAAGAAGACUCUCCUGCCACCUCCAAGGGUCUCACAUGCGCCCCGACUUCAAGUUUUGAGAGCGAAGAGGAUUAUGAACCAGAUGCCAUUGAGAUCUAG